AUGACGUCGCUGCCGGACGAGCUAGUGGAGGAGGUCUUCCUCCGCCUUCCGCCGGACGAGCCCGCGGCGCUCGUGCGGGCCUCCCUCGUCAGCAAGCCCUGGUUCGGCCUCCUCACCGGACCCGCCUUCCGCGGCCGCUACCGCGAGUUCCACGGUGCUCCACCCAUGUUGGGCUUCCUCUACAACCGGCCCUACGGCUACUCCCGCAGGAAAGACCUCACCCCACUCUUCGUCUCAACCACAAAAUUCAGGGUGCGCAUUCCGCACUUUACCCAGCGCACGCACCAAAGUUUGGAUGCAUGGGACUGCCGCCAUGGCAUGGUUCUUCUUGGGGAUAACGGCUACUGUCCCCCGAUGCUCGCCGUUUGGGACCCCAUGACGGGCUGCGCUCGGGAGCUGUACGGGCCCGAAGAAUACCUCGACCCCGCCGAUAGCUACAAGAUCGCGGUGCUCUGCGCCGUGAGCGGCUGCGACCACCGCUCGUGUCACGCGGUCCGCCCCUUCAAGAUGGUCUAUGUCGGCGUGAAGACGCGUGAUGGUGAGUGUGUUGCACUCGCGUUCGUCUCGUCGCCGGACAUGGGUGACUGGACCAAGGCGUCUGAUCCUGAACGUGAGGAGUGGGAGGAGCCGUGCUCUGAUCUUGAUCUUGCAAAUGAUGCGUUCGUCCAUUCAAUGCCUGCUGUCCUCGUCGACGACGCCCUACACUUCCUGCUUGGGUACAAAUAUGAUGAUGGUCGUGCAGGAAUUCUCAAGUACAGCUUGAGCUCUGAUUCUUUAUCGUUUAUUGAUGCGCCGCUUGCCAUGUCUGUUGUUGCUCGUGCCAGUAUCCUCAUGGCGAUGAAGGAUGGCAGAUUGGGGUUUGCACAUGUGGACAGGUUAACCCUCCACGUAUGGUCCAGACAGGUAGAUUCCGAUGGAGGUGCAUCAUGGACUCAUGGUAGAAUCGUGGAUCUCAAGAGCCUUCUCCAUAUUAAAUAUCCCAAGAGUCGAGCUAGACUGAUUGGUUCUGUGGAGGGCGGUGAUAUCAUUUUUGUGACCGCGGAUCUUGGCGUCUACGAGAUUGAUCUCAACACACUAGAGUGGAAGGAGCGACGGAAGAGAGAAAAUCUCCACGCUCUUUAUCCCUACAUGAGUUUUUACAAUCCGCCAGAAAGGGUGAUCCCUGGUGAUGCGGCACAUUAA